AAGUGCAAAGUUCAGUGAAGAAUUGCAGAACAUUAUAGAAGUUUGUGAAGAGAAAAUCAUAAACAAAGUAGUGAAAUUCUGCAUAGAAAAUAACGAUAUUUCUCCUGAAGCAGUGGUCAGGGAAGUAAUGGAGGAGAUAAAAUUUAAUAAAGAACAAAUUAUAAGAGAGGAUGAAAUAAGUGAAGAGCUGGUCAACAGAGGAAUAAGUACGCUAUUAGAUGAAAUAAAUGUAAGCCAAGCUAAAGCCUCUGGAAUAGGUAAAUGAACUACACUUUUCCAUUUAUAACCACGAAUAUUUGGCAAAUAGAAGUAGUGGAAUUUCUGUCAAGCCACCGGAGGUUUCGAAUACUGUGGCUUGAAUUUGGUGCAACUUUAUUUGAAUAUUUAUGUAAACAAAAAGGAUAUAAGCCAAAAGAACUAAUAGAGAGGGGAAAAAAAGGGGAAAGCAUAGAAAAAGAAUGCGCAGAACUGCUAAUGGAGCUAGGAGAAAUGAGAGCAAAGUGGUGGUGGCCAUGUAGUUUUAAGAUAAAAGAUAUAGAAAUAAGUGAGGAAGAAGCAAAAAGAGUGAAGGAAUAUAACGAUUAUAAUCUUUUUCCGUCGCUAUUUUAUGGUCUUUAUACUUCUGUUAUUCUGCACCAAUUUUGUA